AUGCCUCGCGAAGCAGAGCCGUCAUUAAGCGAGCGGACAUUUACCCUCCAGGCAAUCAGCGAGGGACUGCGAUUAGAUGGUCGAAAACUCGAUGAGUUUAGACGCCUGGAGCUGAGUUUCGGGGAUGAGUAUGGCGUGGCAGAUGUCAAGCUGGGGAAAACAAGGCAAGUUCAAUUGGAUCAGAUUCGUGCAGAGGUCACAGUCCCGUUCCCAGACCGGCCCUUUGACGGCAUCUUCCAAAUCACCUCAGAGCUCGGCCCCAUGGUCGCCCCCUCAUACGAAGUCAACCGGCCAACCGAGACCGAGGUCCUCCUGGCCAGGCUGCUCGAGAAGACGAUCCGGAGAUCGGGCGCCCUGGACACGGAGUCGCUCUGCCUGGUGGCCGGCCAAAAGUGCUGGUCCGUCCGGGUCGACCUGCACGUGCUCUCCGCCGACGGCAACCUCAUCGACAGCGCGUGCUUCGCCGUCGUCGCCGCGCUGCGGCACUUCCGCAAGCCGGACACGAGCAUCGAGGGCGAGACGCUGACCGUCUACACGCCCGCGGAGCGCGAGCCCGUGCCGCUGAGCUGGCUGCACUCGCCGUUCUGCGCGACGUUUGACUUUUUCGGCGACGAGGGCGACAUCGUCGUUGUGGACACGACCUGGUUGGAGGAGCAGCUGCGGGUGGCCAGCUGCACGUUCAGCCUCAACAAGCACGGCGAGAUUUGCCAAAUCUCCAAGCUCGGCGGCAGGCCCAUAGAGGCUACGCUGGUGAUACAGUGCGCGCAGAUGGCGCUGGCCAAGGUCAAGGAGUUUACGGAUCUGCUGGAUGCGAAGCUGGCGGAGGAUGCGAAGAGGAGAGAUAAAGGCGGUUUGAUGGCUGAGCUGUCUGCGGAGAAUGAGAGAUGA